AUGCUUGCAUUGCCCCGCUUUGGGCACGAAAGCAUCAAAUCUUUCUUCGACGACGCACGAGCAGACUGCGGGUAUUUGGCACUUAACUACCACAUCGAGCAAACGCGUCUCCAGCUCUGGGAUGAAUGCACCCCCCGCGACAAACCGGAGUAUUUGAAGGCGCUGAUUGUCCGGAUCCUUGGUGAAACCCGGAAGCUCAACGAGGAGGCCAACAGUCUCAUUUUCAAGUCCAACAUUGACUUACCAACUCUUCCAGAGCUCGAUCUGGAUGAUAACCUGGCGCCCAACCGAGCCUUGCCGGCGGCAUUAUCCAAGAAGAUCACCAAGCCGAAGUCUAGGCUACGAUGGACAGUCAGGGGAAAGUCAGAGUUCCAGGAAGUUGUCACUAAGCUCCGAAAGCUUGUUAGCGACCUGCACGAACUCAAUGUACACUCUGGAGAGUCGCAGCUACCAGGAAAAGUGCUUCCGCCUCAGGUUCUCGCGCCUCCCAACAAUCCCAAGCUGCUUCAGAUACUGUCCAAUCCUCAGAACCAGAUGGAUCGCACCUUGGCUUUGUCUGCCCAAGCUAAGAGCCUCCAUCAAAAGCUCGAACAUGGGCCUGCGAGUUCAGCCACCACGAUCAGUGAUCGCCAAUUGGAGUUUCGAAAAGGCUCCUCAGUCACUGCCACGUUCUUUCAUCCAAACGGACAUAUACUACCUGUGUGGGUCGAGUGGAAUCAUUUUGAUUCUGGACCUCACUCCGACAGAUACUCUGCGCUCAUCAAGUCGCUCGGUUACGUCCUAGAGAGAGUGGGCCAGCCUGAGCUUUGCUUGCCCCCUUUCUAUGGAGUUUAUGACGACCUCAAAUUUGAGACAGAGCACGGUUUCAAACGAAUGGGCUUCGUAUUUGGACUGCCUCAAUCAGAUCCUUCCGUGCAGCUCUGCUACGAGUCCAACCUCCAGUUAUACCCCCCGCGAAGCCUCAAAGCCCUCAUCAAGGAAGGAAAGAGCGCCAGAAUCCCCCUACUCGGAGAUCGCUUUCGCUUGGCAUACCGGCUGGCGAAUGCCUUUAGCCUAUUCCACGCAGCCGGCUGGCUAGAUAAAGGCAUGCACAGUGACAAUAUCAUGUUUCUCCACCAGGCUAAUGGCCUUGGUGUUACUGUCUCAGAGCCAUUCAUUACUGGAUUUCAGUAUUCACGACCACAGGGAGUAGUUUCCCUGUGGUGGACACAGUUACGGACCGGCGGAAAAAGCAACUGA